CCGGUAUUCAAUGGCGGCUAAAAAAAUAAAUAUAUCCACAUUUUUACACUGCUACUUUUUAUACUUAUUGAAAACUCUUUCUAAUUAGCGACCAUAGUUUAAUUGAAAAUUUCUCAAUGCCGCCAAAUACCAUCGAAUCCUUGCCACGAGAAGAGGUCCAGGACCUAGCCUCCUCUAUCGCUGCGAUUGCCGAAUCCCCGGUAACUGCAACUGGGUUGGAGUCCAGUGAGGUUUUAGAGCUGACUCCUCUGAUUGUAUACUCAAAUCGCCUCUAUAUCUCUAAUGUUAGCUACGAGACUACCGAAGAAGACUUGGCCGAGUACUUCCAGAGCUACAAGGUGUAACGUUUACCCUUUCUGCGACACAUACUCCACCGGCUACUAACUUAAUGUAUAGAACCAACGUGCUUAUCCCAAACCGCACUGUUCGCGGAUUCAGAUCGGUGCAACAAAGACCCUUAGGCAUUGCUUAUAUUGUGUUUGAAAAUGCAGAGGAGGCGGAAAAGGCGGCAGCCAGUUUGAACGGAACAGCAUUAAAUAACCGAAAAUUGCUGAUUAAAGCGCACGUCCCCUACUCCCCAGUCUACAAGGCAUCGCUCAAGAAGACCAGAUCUUAUUUUCGCAAGAAGAAAUGUGAACCAGUCUGCGCUGCAGUUCCAGAGGUGGAAAGCUCAGAGACUGGCUGCAAAGACGGAAGCUGCGAGGAGGUGAAGCUUAAUACCUCCGAGUCUGAGGAAAAUUCUAUUCAAGGAUCGCAGGCCGAUGCCCCCGAGUACGUAGAGGUCGCCAGCAAGAGCGAAAGAGAGGUUUCGGAGGAUACCAUUUUUGUGGGCAAAAUCUCAUCCAAAACCACAGAUACCGAUUUACGCUCCUUCUUUGCCGACUUUAACCCAUCCGAGAUUUACAUUUUCAAAGGAAGAGCUACAGGAAAGCGUCGGGACUCUCUUAAGCUCGGUUACCACAGCCAAGUCAGUGCCUUGGUGAGAAUUUCCAUAGAUAACGGGCAAGCCUUGGCCAUUGACCAAUUGUCCAAACAAAAGUUGAACGGAAAAUCAGUCACUUUAAGGCCUGCUUUUAUUUCCAAGAUUGAAGAAGUCAAGAAGGCUGUGGCUGCCAGAGAGGCUUACUUGAAGAAGGAAGCACUGGAGAAAGAAGAGCCUGAAAAGGAGUCUCAUGUUGUCCCCUCUGCUGAGAGCAGUCAGGUUGAUGGUAUUAACCAUGACAACGAGGGUAGCUGAAUCAGCUCCGUGACAGGGAUAUUAUUGUCCGCUGAGGGGAUUUCUUCUCCCGCCAAGCUGCUUGCUAAUGUUUUGAACCGCUGUUACAUCCCCCCGAGUAUUACAGUACACGCUUUAGGGAUAUAUACUGACAAGACUUUUAUGUAUGAUUCGAUCUAAUUUCAACAAAGGUCUAGACCAGAUUUUA